AUGGCAAUCCGAAUUAAUAUCGACCAGCAUCAACUUAAGGGUACCCCUCUCACUUCACACACUCACACAAAUGUUACUCAAAAUCCUCCGGUGUUAGUUCGUUGGUACCCCCCUCCUCAGGGUACUUUCAAACUUAAUUUUGAUGGCUCAUGCAAAACAGCAUCAACAGCAGCUGGGUUCAUAAUUCGCGACAGCAAUGGCGCCCCGAUAAGUAUUCAUACCUACAACCUAGGAAUCACACAAGCUUUUAUGGAAGAAGCUUGUGCCCUUCACAAAGGCCUUCAAGAAGCAAAAAAACUCAACAUCAAGCACCUUCACAUUGAAGGAGACAAUAUGAUGGUCAUCAAUGUAGUCAAAGGAACGUGGAAAACCCCGUGGAAACUCCAUUUCGUCAUUCAGGAUAUUCUGGAAAUAAUCAACAGUUUUUACACUUGGAAUAUCAAGCAUGUCUACAGAGAAGCUAAUUGA